AUGAGAUCUGAAAUCGAAAGUUGCAUUCACUGGGAUCCCCAAGCCGAUACAAUCAGAAAUGAAGUAUCCAAUGCCAUUAUCAAUCACAUCAACUACCUGAAGCAACCUUUUCAUAGUGAUAACGAAUGGAUAAGGAAAGAUGUGAUAAAAAGUAGCAAAUAUCCAGCGGAGAGGAAUGACUUGAUUGUUACGAAAGCGGAUAAAGGCAAAUUGACGGUUGUAAUGAAUAAGGCUGAAUAUGAAUCGAAGAUGCUUACGUUAGUGAAUGACACGGAGACCUACGAAGAGAUUAAGAAUGACCCCACGUCGUCCACACUGAAAAAGAUCAAUGCUAUGUUUGACCAAUGGAGCCAAGAGGAAUGGAUAGAUAAAUGCACAAAACUGAAACUAAAGGUUUAUAAUUGUAACCCGCCACGAGUGUACGGGCUGCCGAAAACGCACAAAGAAGUGAUGCCGUUACGAUUAAUCAACUCUACGAUUGGAACAGCAACAUACAAUGCAGCGAAGUUUUUGUCAUCCAUUCUAAAUGGAAUUGUUGGUAAAACGGAUCACCAUAUAGUGAAUAGCUUUGAAUUUGUCGGCGAUAUUCGACAGCACAUUGUAACCAAUGAGUGUGCGUUGUUUUCGUUGGAUGUUGUUUCACUAUUCACUAAUGUUCCUGUGGAUUACGCAAUAGAAAGUGUACGACUACGAUGGGGCGAAUUGGAGGAGCACACCAAGAUUCCUGAGAGCAGCUUCAUUGCAAUGCUUGAGUUGGUGUUGACAUCAACUUUUUUCAUGCAUCAAGGUCGUUUCUUCAAGCAGAAAUUUGGGUUACCAAUGGGAUCUCCCUUAUCGCCAGUGGUAGCAAACAUAGUGUUGGAGAGGGUUGAGAGAAGUGCGCUGGAACAGUUGCAUCAAGAAGGCAUUGUACCAAUUUUCUUCAGGCGGUACGUUGACGACUGUUUAUCGAGUGUGCGAAGAGAACAAGUGGAGCGCAUGCUGGAGGUGUUUAACAGUUUCCACCCACGACUGCAGUUCACCAUAGAACUUGAGGAGGAUGGUCAAAUACGGUUUUUGGAUACAAUAGUGCGGAGGGAGGAGGACCAUCUCACCACGGAAUGGACUCCGAAGGAUUCAGAAGAAAAAUUCAGCAAUAGCAUUAGUUGA